AUAAAAUUUAAUUAUAACCCUAAGAAAUUCCUUUAGAAACUUUCUCAAAAUUAAAAAGUGAUUGUGUUUCUGUAUUCGCGCUACCGGUUUAAAAUAAUGAACUUAAAUUAACUUAAAAGCAACAAAAACAAGGCAAGCUAAGUUAAUUUUCUCGAACUUCACGACCCAGCGUUUAAUAAAAGCCCGAGAUGUACGCCUAAAUUAAGUCUGCAAUAGUUUGAACCUUCUGUUAAUCACAAGGAAAACAGUCUCUCUUACUGCGAUACGGCUGCUCUUACUCUUACAGCGAAGUGCUCUAAUAGGAUAAUUGAAAAAUACUUAAUCAUCAAGAAGACACCGGAACUAAAAAAAUAAAAAGCAAAAUGAGCGAAAGGUUUGCGGCUAACGAAUUCAGUUAUAUCCUUCAACGUCAGGAAAGUGAUGUUUCCACCACAGAAUGUUAUCCAUUUGAUGAUUUCAACAAUUUAACGAAGAAUGACCACAAACAGCAGUCACAAUCAUACACGAGUAAUCAGCACCAGGAACAGCAGCAGCAGCAACACUAUUAUAAUAAUCAGCAAAUACAACAGCCUUUCUAUAGUGGCGCCACUAGCAUAAAUGAUGAUGAUGGUGGCGGCGGUAGUAAUGAGGGUGGCACCGCGAAUAUGCAAUCAUCGCCGCAACAACAACAGAAACAGCAAACGUCUCAUGAUGCCGCCGUCCUCGGUGGUCUGGGUGAAGCAUUGUCCACAUUGCCUCAGGCGUCCUUCAACUACAUCAACUCGAUUGUGGGAAGCGGUGUAAUUGGAAUUCCAUAUGCUUUUCAUCGUGCUGGCUUUGGCCUUGGGCUUUUAUUGCUUAUACUUGUUGCCUAUAUUACCGACUAUUCGCUCAUCUUAAUGGUCCGAUGUGGUCAUAUAUGUGGUCGGUUUAGUUAUCCUGGCAUUAUGGAGGCAGCCUAUGGUAAAUAUGGUUACUAUCUACUCUCUCUACUUCAGUUUAUGUAUCCGUUUCUGGCCAUGAUUUCGUAUAAUGUGGUAGUGGGUGAUACAUUGUCUAAAGUGUUGGUGCGUUUUUUCCCCUCAUGGGGUGCAUCAAUGGGUGCCGUUCGUUUGGGUGUGGUAUUCUUCGUAACGGUCGGUGUUGUCGUGCCACUAUGCCUUUACAAAAAUGUUUCACGUUUAGCUCGAGCAAGUUUCAUUAGUUUGGCCUGUGUGGUUUUUAUAUUGUUUGCCGUCAUUAUUAAACUAUUGUCGGGCGAUUAUAAAAUAACUGAUACCGCAGAUUCGUGGACUUUCGCAAAUUCGGAUGUAAUACCCGCUACUGGCAUUAUGGUUUUCGCAUUCAUGUGCCAUCACAAUACAUUUCUCGUUUAUCAAUCGAUGCGUGAUGCUACGCUGGAACGUUGGGAGAAAAUAACUCAUGUUUCGAUUGGUUUUGCAUGGACGGUAGCCGCGCUUUUUGGCAUUGCUGGUUAUUCAACAUUUCGUGCUUUAUCACAAGGUGACUUGCUUGAAAAUUACUGCGUGAACGAUGACCUUAUGAAUUUUUCACGUAUUCUCUUUUCAAUAUCGAUAUUGUUAACGUUUCCAAUUGAAUGCUUUGUUUCACGUGAGAUUGUUCGGGCUUUGGUGCAUCGUUUCGUUUUAAAGGAACCAAUUAGUGAAUUUACUCAAGAUAAGGAUCCUAAACGAGAGAAAGGUGCCGAAGUAGAUGAAUAUUCAAAAACCAUUACAUUGGCUAUAGUGUUUAGCGCAUUUGUGAUAUCGCCUAUGACCGAGUGUUUGGGUUCGGUUUUGGAAUUAAAUGGCCUAUUGGCUGCAAUACCAUUGGCUUAUAUAUUGCCGGGUCUGGCUUAUAUACAAAUGGAUCCGCAUCCCCUAUUAACACGUGAAAAACUUCCAGCUCUUGGUUUAGUAGUAUUCGGGGCAUUAGUUACAAUUUUGGGGGCAGCUGUUCUGCUGCCUAGCUUAAAUGGUGACUGCCGUGCCGAUAUUGUAAUGGAUUAUUGUAAGCCGAACUUUGCUGAGAAAACUUCCAAUGCUACCUUAAGAGAUUAAAUCAAAUACACUUCCCACCAGCCCCUAAUAAUUUCUAUGAUUAUAUUUCGUAAUGCAAUUUUUUCGUUUUAGUUGAAACUUGUGAAAUGACCGAACUUUUCAAUGUAUGAAAUUAAUAAACUCAUUUUUAAUUUGUUCAAUUUCUUCUAUUUGUUGAACAAUCUU